AUGGCGUCCGGAGGGGGCUCCCUGGGCCUCGUAACCUGCCUCUUGCUGCUUCAGUCGGAGCUCUGCGAGGCUUGGGAGGCUGCCACUGUGUCUUCUACUUCCGAUUUCUCCGCAGGGCACAGUGAGACCCCAAGGGUGAACCCACCGCCACCCACGCAGGUGCUGGUGACCAAGGCGGCCCGUCAGGGCCAAACCUCUGCUUUCAAACCGUUUGCCUUGGGGUGCGGGCAACGCCUGACGAAGAUCAUGGGAGGAAUGGACGCGGAAGAGGGAAAGUGGCCCUGGCAGGUGAGCCUCAGGGUCAGACACAUGCACGUCUGCGGAGCUUCCCUCAUCAGCGCCGAGUGGGUGCUGACCGCCGCCCACUGUAUUUUCAGCCGAAUCCAGUACAAUGUCAAGAUGGGCGAUCGGAGUAUCCACCGCCAAAACACAAGUCUGGUGAUUCCUAUCCAGCGCAUCAUUGUCCACCCCCAGUUCUCAUCAGCUAUUGUCGUUAAAAAUGAUAUCGCCCUUCUCAAGCUCCAACACCCCGUGAAUUUCACCUCUAAUAUUUACCCUGUCUGCAUCCCUUCAGAGACUUUUUUUGUGAAUGCUGGGACCAAGUGCUGGGUGACAGGAUGGGGUAAACCAGAUCCAGGUGCACCAAACGUUCCAACAGAAGUUCUCCAGGAGGUGGACCAGAGUAUCAUCCAUUAUUCGGAAUGUAAUAGGAUGCUGAUGAAGGUUACAUCAACUUCUCUUGAUCUAGUCAAGAGUGGGAUGAUCUGUGGCUAUAAAGAAAAAGGAAAGGAUGCUUGCCAGGGAGAUUCUGGCGGCCCUUUGUCCUGUGAAUUAAAUAAUAAAUGGGUGCAAGUGGGAGUCGUGAGCUGGGGCAUCGGCUGUGGUCGCCAAGGGCAUCCUGGAGUUUAUACAGAUACCGCCUACUACAGCAAGUGGCUGACUGCAGUGGUGAACCAGGCCGCCUGUUUCUGUCCGCUGGUCUUCCUGGUCUCACUACUGUGCUUGCUGACCUCGUGACAUCCCGCGGACAUGGCCACUGCUGCGUCUCAUCCCACCCUCCUUCUGAGCCUCUCCCUUCCCUUUCCAAUGUCCUUUCUUUAAAUUCCGUUUGGGAUCCCUUGCCCUGGAGAGAGCCACAGUGAAACGUGUCAGGGAUCUGAGACUUCCAAGUGUUCUGGCUUGGUGCCCCAGUCACCAUCCUUGGUCACACUACUCCUGAGUUGCGCUCUGCCUGGCAGGGAUGAAGGUGCGUGAAUUCCAGUUAGAAGGCAAACCGGCCUGCCAGGUGAAUGACAAUGGCCUACGAAAGGACUUCCUCGGUGGUGGA